UUCGCAAUGGGAUUUCUUAGCUUUUCCAAGAAGUCUCGAUUAUUCAAUUAAUCAAUCAUCGCAGUUACUCGUCAAUCAUAAGCGGCCCUUCACGAAUUUUGUCUUUGAACCAAAACUUUACUUUGAGUCUGACUGCCAAAGAAAAGUCAAAGCAGUCAAAAGUUUGUACAACUUUCCGAAAAUUCCUAAAACUAUCAUAAUUCCUCCAUCAAAGAGCCAAACUUUCAGUCGAUCUUCAGGCGAACAGUUAGCGGCAAGUUCAACAAAUUCAUGGGAUGCCUGCAACUCUGAUUUUUCCAAAGAAACUUUCCUUUCAUCGAGUAAUUCAGGUGCUCAGAGUUACCUCUGUGAUCCUCACAACCCGCUUCCAAGACCCCUAAGCGGCAGCAACAAAUUUCCUGGAAUUCUAUCCGCAAUGACGGACUCAUCGCCUACUGAUCAAUCAGCGCGAUGCAUGACGGACGAAACCGGCUUCGAUUCAUCCAUCCUCUCCGUAGAGUCACUGCAGUCGCUCGCAAUGCCCACAGUGUGUCCUCAAGAUCAUCAAUUCUCAAACAACAAUAAAACUUCCCCGAGCUUGCCUCCUGAGACGGUUUUUCCAGACGUUCCUAACGCUCCAGACUCUCCUGCCCACCGAUGUAAGAAGUCUGUGAAGGUUUCCUCAGUCCCACACGUCGGGUUUUUCCCACAAUCUCCUUCAGUAACUGGAACAAAAAGAACGAAACGCAACGAUGUCCACGGACACUUUGACAACUCUGUUGCUGGGCAAGCUCAAGUUAUGUUUAAGACACCGAAAAAACGCGUCGUCCUUCAGGAAGUCGAUGAGCAGUACGACACAACCAUAGACAUCGGGGCAAGCUUGACUCUCCGGCGGCUGUGUGCAUCCAACGCCAGUUUCUUACGCAGGAUCCUGGACUCUCUUCCACCGUGGAUGAGAUCAGCCACACAUUCAAGAAAUUCAAGUUUACGAGUUGGUAGUCCAGCGGCACCCGGCAUCUGCUCUCAGACUGACUCCAACACAGGCCUACGGCCGGGCACUUCGGUUGCCAGUUCUCACCAGAAACCUAAUCAGGCAACCGCCACCAGACGCUCAGGCCUCACGGCACUUGAACUGCUGCUAUUUCCCAAGAAGAAAACCUCUCAAGUUCCCAUGAGAAGACAACUUUCUAGGCGAGUUCCCCGAAAAGAUUCACAGAGAAACCCAUGGUUAUCUCAAAAUGUGUCUAUCAUAUCUGCGCAUCCUGAGCUGUCGAUCCAAUCGAGUGUUGACACGCAGACUUUUCUCCCCUGCCAUGAAACACAGGCAGUUGACCGUAGAGAAUCUGAAGAGAAUUAUGGGGCAUCAGCAGUUCGGUUGCCUUCUGUAACCCCAAGUUCGAGGCCGAUAGAGCGCAACCCGCUGCGCCGCGUGUCGCGGUUGCUCACUGCCGCCGGUCCCGCCCUCGUCAGGAAAGUCUCAAGACUUGGUUCCUCUCAUGCGACUGAUCCCGAGCUGGAGAGCCUCGAGGCGUCGCCGCUGCGGUACCGCCCCGUGGCCCUCGACCAACUCAGCCGCACCACACGCUUCUCCAAACAGGAGCUCCAGUUCAUGUACCGAGGUUUUAAACAAGAAUGUCCAAGCGGGGUAAUCUCUGAAGAAACUUUCAAGAGAAUCUACGGCAAACUCUUCCCUGUUGGCAACACCACCGACGACGGCUCUGGCAGGAACACAGCCAUGUACGCCCAUUACGUGUUCGGGACCAUGGACCCUGAAGGCACGGGCCAGAUCACCUUCGGCGACUUCAUCACGGGGCUCUCGGUCCUCCUCAAGGGCUCGCUCGCAGAGCGCGUCGCAUGGAUAUUUAAUCUUUAUGACAUCAACAACGAUGGACGCAUCACCCGCGACGAGCUUAUUGAUGUCGUGUCAUCAAUAUACGACUUGAUGUCGGACCAGACGGUGCCCAGAAUCGAUGACUCGACAGCCAUCAACCACGUCGACAAGAUAUUUGAUAAGCUUGAUUUGAACAAGGAUGGCGUGGUAACCAUGGAUGAAUUUAUGGAAUACUGCUCAAAGAAUAAAGAAGUCGUUCACAGCAUGAACAUCUUUGGGACUCUCUAGCGGGACUAUCCACUACAUCACUCGUAGAACUUAUCCAGUUUUUCCGUCUCACUGAUAUUCAGUGAUUAGUUUUAUUCUUUUAUUAAGAACUUAACGUCUAUGCGACUAAUUAAAUCCAUUCGACAUUAUUAAGUGCAAU